UGAGUUCAAGAAGAAGCUACCUGAAAUUUUGCCAUUUUCCAUGUGCAUAGAAGCUUAUGGUUUUCCUCAUCAUGAUCCCCUGCAGUGUCCCUCUAUUCCUCUUCUCUUUAACUUCAACACUUAUUCUUCCAAGUAGCAGUAGCAGUCAUGUCAGUUUCAACACUUGGUCUGUGUUUCAGGACUGCAGCAGUAUCACACAGUCUUCGGGAAGUGAUGAAUCUGCUAAUGAGGCAGCUGUGAAUAAUACCAGUCUUAAUUUACCAGUUGUUGAACUCAAUGUUCAUCGUGUGUUAAGUACAAGAAACCAGAGUGGUAAUACAACUCCUGCUGAGCCUCAUGUGUUCAGCGCAGUGCCUGCUGAGCCUCAUGUGUUCAGUAAUGUAACCAUACCUCAUGCAUCAAUCAUAUAUGGCUUCUUCCUUCUUUUAAUUCUCAUAAAUCAUAGCUUUUCAUGUUUUAGAUGAGUUUAUAUUUUUAUCUUGAAGGUUAUUAGGAAGAAAUUAUAUACAUGUGUAACAUGAGUUUUACUCCACAUAGCUCUUUUAUUUUAUAUGAUAUAUGAGUUUUACUCAAUAGGUCUUUUAUUUUAUGAUAUAUAAUUUUGUCACUU